AUGAGCAAACCCACCAUCGUCCUCGUCCACGGCUUCUGGGGCGACGCCGCCCACUGGGCCGGCGUCAUCCUCGACCUCCACCGCCGCGGCUACACCCGCCAGCACGCCGUCGAGCUGCCCCUCACCUCCCUCGCCGACGACGCCGCGCGCACGCGCCAAAUGGUCGCGCAGAUCGACGGCGACGUGCUCCUCGUCGGGCACUCCUACGGCGGGGCCGUCAUCACCGAGAUGGGCGGCGAACUGCCCAACGUCAUCGGCCUCGUCUACGUCGCCGCCUUCGCGCCCGACCAGGGCGAGAGCCUGGCCAGCAUCUCGGAGCGGUACCCCGCCGUGGCGGCGACGGAGGGCCGCCUCGUCGCGGACAGCGAUGGGUUCCUCUGGAUCAGGGCGGAGCAGUUCCAUGAGACGUUUUGUCAGGAUGCGACGAGGGAGCAGGGGCUUGUUAUGGCGGUGACGCAGAAGGCGCCUGUUGCGUCUACGUUUGGUGACAGUGUGACCAAGGCGGCGUGGAAGGUGAAGCCGUCUUGGUAUCAGGUCUCCAAGGAGGAUCGCUGCGUUAGCCCCGAGGCGGAGAGGUUCAUGGCGGCGCGCAUGAAGGCGAGGAAGACGAUUGAGCUGCCGACGGGGCAUGCGUCGCUAGCCUCGCAGCCAAAAGAGAUUGCGGCUCUUAUCCAUGAAGCUGCGACAGACGCCCAGAAGACGAAGUGA